AUGCCCGAGAAGCCACCAACGCCACCACUGUCGACCUUGACAAUCCGCAAGGCGACCACCGCCGACCUGCCACUCCUCGAACCCCUCGUCCAGUCCGCGUACCGCGGCGAGCGGAGCCGCAAGGGCUGGACGACCGAGGCGGACCUCAUCGGCGGCCAGCGCAUCGACCCGGCCGGGCUGCUGGCCAAGAUCAACGACCCGCUGGGCACCGUAUUAAUCGCCUUCCCCGCCGGGGACGAGGCCGGGGCGGCCGCCGCGGUCGCCUGCUGCGAGGUCAUUUUGGCCGGGAAGCCCGGCGAGGGCGAGGGGUUAUCCACGAGCUACUUUGGCCUCUUCGCCGUAGACCCGGAGCGGCAGGGCGGCGGAUUCGGCAAUACGGUGCUUGCAAAGGCCGAGGAGUACGCGAGGGACACGCUCGGCGCGUCGCGCAUGGAGAUGACGGUCAUCUGGACCCGCGACGAGCUGAUCGCCUGGUACCUGCGUCGGGGGUACGUCAAGACGGGGGAGCAGAGGCCCUGGCCGUACGGGCAGCCGGCGAACGGGAACCCGCUGAGGGAUGACCUCUACUUUGAGGUUUUGGUCAAGGAUCUUAGUUGA